AUGGAGCCUCCGGCGUCACCACGCAAGGGGCAGAAGGCGCACACCGGCGUAGACCGGCCGUUGGUGAUAGAAGAGCUUGAGACGCCCCAUGACCGCGCCAGCGUGAUCAACGGGGCCGUCAAAUACCUGGCGGGGUCAGGUUCUGCUCGGUACCCUUUGGGCUACUCAAACCAAACCACGGACGAGUUCUUUCCCUGCGAGGAAGACGGCGUGGAAGGCGACGGAUACCACCGGGAAAGCUACUUUGAGGCCACUCUGCCCGAGCCGGAGGAUUCUAGUGACGCGGAUUCGGACAUCCAUUACGUGAAGCAGAUUUGCAGACAGGGGUUGCCGGCCGGCGGCACGGGGCUGAAGGAAUCCAGCAGCUACCACACACCUUCGGUGGUCACCUGUUCGAGAUAUUCCGAAUCGUCGAGUUCGAUAACGCACUUGGACUCCGGAAAUUUCGCGCCGCUUGUGAAUACGUGCCGGCGUCCGAGCGUAACUCUGGAGACGACGAAAGGCGCGCUCAACUGUGGGAACCAACCUUGUCACACGGUGUUGCUUGAGUCCACCAUUCCGAAUAUGGCGUAUCACUCGAUUGACGGCGACUUUUUCGACGAGCGCGCCGGGUUGUCCUCGAAUGCGUUCCAUCUGCCGAAAGCCGUGGACUCCAUCCUGGAAGGGGCAGACAUGUGUAACCGCCGCAACCUGGCGGGGGUCAUGCAUGGCAGUUCGCGACGUCAGUCCUUCCAGGAGAUGUGUGCGCCACCCAAAGUGGGCAGUAAUCCCGUUGCGUCGUUGCCGUCCGAUCUGAUGAGUUUCGCGAAGGAUUUCAGAGCCAGGUACGGCGCCGCGGCACCGACUGGAGCUCUUGAUUCUAGCAAAUCUGGGAACAAUGUGAGGAAUGCUGGCGCGAAGCGUGGCGAGAACGUGGGCAGCCUUCCGUGCGCCGGGUCUGCAGCGGCGCACCUUGAUCAACGUAGUCUGGCCACCCCUUCGAGACGUACUGGCAUGGGAGGCCUGUCCAUGGGAUACAUGCCCACUGACACAGCGAGUUUUUACGAUAAUGCUAAGUGUGGAGAAUACGGCGCGAAUCGCGCAUCUUUCGGUAGCGUCACUGGUGCUAACCAAGGGGCCGCCCUUCAAAUGCCAUUCGUCCGACGACCUGACUUGAAAAUACGUCAACUCGGUCAUAACCAGUCGUGCGAUAUCCUUCUCCGGGAUUACAAAUCGCCUAUCUCGCGUGAAUCUGUGGCUGCUGACGGAGUGGGUGCAUCGCCCUGUCGGCCCAAGGAGGGAUACGCCCGUGAGGCACACGACCGACAGGUCAACGGCGGGAAAAUCGGCGUGAUGUCGGAAAACAAGUUUGUUUUGCCGUACGAAGAUCCUGCGCAGCGGAGUGUGUCUGCACGCGAUUCCGCGCCCAACCGCGGAAUCCAAGGGAUAUUGCAGCACAACGUGAAGUCGCCACUGCGCGGCACACUUCAUUCCUCGGAUUACUCUCGUGAAAAAUCGCGAAACAGGACGCAAACUACCGCUGCAUCCAGGCACGAGGAACCAUACAGCAGUUUGGCAGCGAAUGCCGCGAAGGCGAGGUUAGACAUCGACAGUGCCGGCGUGGAGCGACCUCCCGCUGACAAUGCAUUCAGCCUGGCCGACGUCAACCGACAGAUUGAUGAGUUUUUCGUCUCCAGGAUGAACCCAACUGCGCCUGCAAAGGAAACUGCGAUUACAAGUCCUCCUGGCCGACACGGCUACACCGCUCAUCACCCCGCCUCAAGCCCUCAUCCGGGAAAUGGUAGUCUAGACAUGUACGAUAGUUCAGUCAUCGCUGGGUCGACUGCGAUGCCAUAUUCGUAUGCUUCGAAACUGUCGACAAGCGAAAAUGCAGCUCAUGGCAGAGUUACAGUGACGGAUGCAGUUGUGCAGCCUGACGUUGGGAACAUCAACACCGCCCUGGUAACCCCGCCGUCGGAGCGAUCCGUGUCGGUGGCAACGCCAAAUCCGGCAUCUAUGGAACACGUGUACUAUAGCCGCGCGGAGUUUACGAAAAAUGCAGUUUCACAGCCGACUUCGAGGGACGCCAAAUGGGUACCGGAUUCGUUGCCUUCGACGUCAGAUCCUCGUGGCAUCCCAACGGCUGGUGUAGACAUUGGCGAUGUGUUACUCGGUCAAGACGCGGUUGACUACCAAGUGUUGCCAACGACUGCGCGAAACGCUAGCGACAUCAAGCUUUAUGAUUCCGCACGCCUCGACCUGCCGGAGGCGCCUUGCGUGGAUACCGUGGCGGUGAAGGUCCCCCUCUCGGUUGGGAAGAACCACGCCGAUGGCCGUGAAGUCACACCGCUACAUGUUGGGGAAGUCGAAACUGCCUUGGAAUGCACCCCAGCUGAUAACGAAUUCGACGAGAAUGUGCCGACACGGACGAAUCACGUCGAAGUGAACUCCACAGGUGAGCUUACCCGCAUGGCAACUCUAAUGUCAUUCGGGGAUGAGUUAGGAUCCUAUGUGCCUGGCGACCGGCUGGCGCCUGAGAUAAGCAACGCCGCUGUUGAGGGAGGCAUUUUCGCAUCUGGCAUUUUGGACCAUCGUGCUCCGAAGGACUCCUUAGAUCUCCGAGCUCCGAAGACAGGCUUUAUUUUCAACAAGGAGAACCUCAACGCAAGCUACGGGCUGUCUAAUUCCAGUGUGGGUGUCGGUUUCAUGAAAGGCGGUGAACACGCGCCGCGAAAUCGGGGCUCGCUAAGGAGCAGCUAUGCCGACAGUUUGGACGCAAUCUUCGACCACGAUUCCCUGUGCAACUCACAGCAGGAUCACAAGAAUUUAACUGGCCGCAUCGCGGCAAAUCCAAUGGUUGAACGGGUCCACAAUGUUGCGGCUCAUCCAGUAGUCAGGGAAGCCUACCGGUCGAGCCUCGAUGGCCGUCCUCAGUCAAGUUUGUGUGCCCGCUGUGGCCACAACACUACGGAUCGGGAGACGGCAUAUCGUGACGAACCAAGCCACUCGAAACAUGGGAAAUCGAAGCUCUCGGAUGCCCACCGUUGCCGACGGUCGUCAAUGGCAUCCGUGACCGUCCCUGCUUCCGCAAAUGUAUGCACUGGACGGGGAAAUUUUGAAGACGAUAGAUCCGUAGCAUCAAGUGACUACGUGCAAGUGCCAUUGGAUGAGGAAAAUGAUGCAGCUGCGUCAUACGGUCAGAACACGUACUUUUGUGGCAGUGAUGACACCUUGAAGCCGCCUGCUGCCGAAUCGACGGUGCAGGACAAAGCAUUGAUGACUUCGAUAGAGAACAUUCUGUCGCGCCAUGUUGAGAGCGCUGGCAGUUUGGAGCACUUUUCGGCUCUAAUAAAACAGUUGCAUGAGGCUAUUGAGGGGAAGAAUGUUAAGGACAAAGACUCCAAACAGCCGCCCCAGCCUGAAGUGGAAAAGUGUAUUACUACGGCAAAUCGCCCAUCAGGCGACAAUGAAGUGAAGCAACUGCAUUUUUCAGUGGGUCAGCAAACAUCAGCUGAACAAUCGCAAAAUGAUGGUGUUCGUACCGAGAGAAAAGCCGGUACGAAAUUUUGUGCUACUGCCGGUACCCAGACCUACGACUUCGACUUUAACGAGGGACCCGUAGGGGUAUCGAAAGGUUGUAAUUCGGUAUACUUUAAAGUGGAUUCGUCGGAUGAUGCCGUUCGGUACAAUACUAAUCGCAAAGAACGGCAUGUGUCUGACGUUGCCACCAACACGCCCAAAUGGCCAAGCUGGUACAAAGACUCGAAGCAUACGCACGCAGCAGUCCGAGCGGCAUCUGACGAGCCUAGCCCCCCGCUAACAAGGGAGGCGUUGAUUAAACGAAUGACCGAUGCGUCUGAAGAGCUGCCCCGUGUGAAUCGCGCUUCCGGGAAUCGCCGUUCGUUUCCCCUGGCGGACUACGAAUCCGACGACGAUACCAGAACAGGCCGCAAAGGCGGCCCUUCUGUCACGGCUGCGCGUACCACCAGCCUUCCCAAUGGCCUGACCGAAGAGGAGCUUCUUGAUGUGUACAACGAGGUAAUGAAGCUGACCCGUAUCCUCCACGUCAAGGACGUCAAAUCGCUAACGCGCGCGGUUACCGCACGUAUGCACAGGUCAUAA